AUGCUGUUUGCGGAUGCUACUGCUCUUGCAAGCCACUCUCAUGAUGGCCUACAGCGCCUACUAGACCGCUUUUCGAAUACCUGCUUAGAGUUUGCUCUGAUAAUCUGCAUAAAGAAGACAGAAAUCAUCGCACAGGGUGCUCCAAUACCUCCCUCAAUUUCUAUAAACGGCUCGCAGUUGGCAAACGUAGACAACUUCAGAUACCUGGGCUCACUCAUCUCGAAAAACUUCUCCCUUGAUGCGGAAAUUAAUGCCCGUGUCGGAAAGGCCAUAGGUGGAAAGUCAAAGCUCACCAAGAGAGUCUGGGAUAACAAAAACCUGGCUCUAAACAGAAAAAAGAAAGUCUAG